ACAUUUUGUCUCGGGUUUUCCUCUCUCCCAAUGCAAGAUUCCCUCUCUCUCUCUCUCUCUCUGUGAGCUUCACGUGCACAUUCAGAGAAGAGAAACCCCACCCUUCAGUUCACACUACAAAACCCUCUUCCAACUGAUCUUUGUUUCUGUUUCAUUCACACCUCUUUCAUAGUAGCGAAAACUCAGAUUCUUUUUUUGUUUUUUGUUUUUUGUUUUGUUUUCAAACUCUGCUACAGUAUUUCUUAGUGGCUAUGGCUAACCAAGCUUUACUUUUGAACAAUUUUUACAAAUACCCUUUUCAGAUUCUUGAGUUUCUGAUGAAAAGGAGGGCGGGUUGGCAUUGUUGUAUUUCACUCAAUAAGAAAGAGAAGUGGAAGGUUCAGUCUAAAAUCCAUGAUCCUUUUCAUUUCUUGGGGUUUUUGAAAGAUCUCUUCCUUUGCUCCCACUUUUUGUUGCUUUUUUUGCUACCAGUAUGUUUCACUAAGCCUGUUUCAAGCGAGAUUUGGGAUGGGGUAGUUGUCACACAAGCUGACUAUGAAGCACUUCAAGCAUUCAAGCAUGAAUUAGAUGACCCCAGAGGGUUCUUAAGGAGCUGGAAUGAUAGUGGCUAUGGAGCUUGUUCAGGUGGUUGGACUGGAAUUAAGUGUGCACAAGGACAGGUUAUUGUACUCCAGCUUCCAUGGAGAGGACUUGGAGGCCGAAUCACUGAAAAGAUUGGCCAAUUUCAGGCUCUUCGAAAGCUUAGCCUCCAUGACAAUGUUAUUGAAGGUUCAAUCCCUUCCUCAUUGGGGCUUCUCCCAAGUCUCAGAGGAGUUCAGCUAUUCAACAAUAGGCUUUCAGGUUCAAUCCCUCCUUCAUUAGGUUCAUGUCCUUUGCUCCAAACACUUGAUAUUAGUAACAAUUUACUCACUGGGACAAUCCCAGAUAGUCUUGCAAACUCUACCAAACUUUAUAGGCUUAAUCUAAGCCUCAAUUCGUUUUCGGGUUCAAUCCCUGUUAGCCUCACUCGCUCUCCUUCCCUUAUGUACCUUGCUCUCCAACACAAUAACCUCUCUGGCUCUAUCCCAAACUCGUGGGGUGGAGCACUAGAAAAGAACAACUUUCAACUUAGGUCAUUGGCCGUUGAUCAUAACUUCUUCUCUGGAAGCAUUCCAGCUUCUUUAGGCACAUUAAGUGAGCUUGAAGAGAUUUCGCUUAGUAAUAACCAGAUUAUUGGAUCAAUCCCAGUUGAAAUAGGGAGGCUUUCUAGGCUAAGAACAUUGGAUAUCUCUAAUAAUGCCAUAAAUGGAAGCAUGCCUGCCAGUGUCUCUAAUCUAUCCUCACUUGUUCUUUUGAAUCUUGAGAGCAACAACCUUGAUAACCAAAUCCCACAAGAUCUUGACAGAUUACAUAAACUUUCUGUUCUAAAUUUGAGGAGAAACCAAUUUAGGGGUAGCAUUCCCACUACUUUUGGCAACAUUUCCACUCUUACACAACUAGAUUUAUCCUUCAAUAAUCUUAGUGGAGAAAUCCCAGCUUCCCUUGCUGAUCUAAGAAACCUUGUUUCUUUCAAUGUUUCUUACAAUAAUCUCUCUGGUCCUGUUCCCACUGCUCUCUCUCAGAAAUUUAAUGCAAGCUCUUUUGUGGGGAACGUUCAGCUAUGUGGGUUUAGUGGUUCAAUUUCAUGUCCUUCCCAAGCACCCCCAUCUCCAAAGGGAUCAAAUGCCCAUCACCGCAAUCUAGGUACCAAAGACAUAAUUCUCAUAGCAGCUGGAGCCCUCGUCAUUGUUCUGCUCGUUCUUUGUGUCAUAUUGAUCUGCUGCUUGAUGAGGAAAAGAGCAGCAUCAAAAGCAAAGAAUGGUCAGGCCACAGAAAGAGCCGGUGCUGCAAGGGCUGAAAAGGGGGUCCCACCUGUUGGGGGUGAAGUAGAAGCAGGCGGAGAGGCAGGGGGGAAACUAGUCCAUUUUGAUGGACCAAUGGUUUUUACAGCAGAUGAUCUUUUAUGUGCUACCGCAGAGAUAAUGGGGAAGAGUACUUAUGGAACUGUCUAUAAGGCCACAUUGGAGGAUGGGAGUGAAGUUGCUGUGAAGAGAUUGAGAGAGAAAAUAACUAAAAGUCAGAGAGAAUUUGAAGCUGAGGUUAAUGUUCUUGGGAAAAUCAGGCACCCAAAUCUAUUGGCACUCAGGGCUUAUUACUUGGGACCCAAAGGAGAAAAGCUUCUUGUUUUUGAUUACAUGCGUAAAGGGAGUCUUGCAACAUUCCUCCAUGCUCGUGGUCCUGAUACACCCAUUGAUUGGCCAAAAAGGAUGAAAAUAGCGCAGGGCAUGACUCGCGGCCUAUUCUACCUUCACACACAUGAGAACAUCAUACAUGGGAACCUCACAUCCACCAAUGUCCUGCUUGAUGAGCACACCAAUGCCAAAAUUGCAGACUUUGGCCUCUCUCGGCUAAUGACAGCUGCUGCUAAUUCUAAUGUGAUUGCUACUGCAGGAGCAUUAGGCUAUCGAGCACCUGAGCUUUCAAAGCUCAAGAAAGCCAACACGAAAACUGAUGUAUACAGUCUUGGGGUUAUCAUAUUGGAGCUCCUAACAGGAAAGUCUCCUGGUGAGGCAUUGAAUGGUGUGGAUUUGCCUCAGUGGGUUGCCUCUAUUGUAAAAGAGGAGUGGACAAAUGAAGUUUUCGAUUUAGAGUUGAUGAGGGAUGCAUCUACAAUUGGUGAUGAGUUGCUAAACACAUUAAAACUGGCUUUGCAUUGUGUUGAUCCUUCCCCGUCAGCUCGACCGGAAGUUCAGCAGGUUCUCCAGCAACUAGAAGAGAUUAGACCCGAGGUAGCUUCCAGUUCAGGUGACGAUGGAGCUGGAGUCCCUUCAACAAGCGAGUAGAAAGGGAUUUCCCGAUGUGGGUUUUAUAUUUUUGUGGCAGAGAUAUUUAGGAAGACAACUAGUAGUCCAUGAUUCUUUCAUUCUUGAACAUUCAUUAGUUUUGUCUAGUAAUUUGCGUUAGAGUCUGUAAAUAGAGUUUGUUUUAAUUUAUUAAAUGGCUACUUUUGCCAUGUCCAUUGUGAUUUGAUAAAA